UCUAAACUUGAUACUUGAACGUAAGAAGGUGGCGAAGAUCGUACCGUUUGACCUAGUUUGCAGUCUAUAACUUGGUGAGCGAAAAACUUAUUUCAAAAAAUAAGCAUUCAUUAAUUUAUAUUAGUUCAUAAAUUUUAUUUGGAGUGCUUAUAAUAAAGUAUUUUAAGUUGCAAAAGUUACUUAUUUCAAAUAAUUGAGUUCAUAAUUGAUUUGAGAGCAUUGAUUAUCAGAAUAAAAUGAUUUUUCUAAAUAAGCAGAUCCUUUUAAAAUUAAAUUUAGUUCAGUUAAAUUAUUUCAUUGUCAUAUUAUACAAAACCACAAGAAGUAUCUACGUAAUUUUACCCUAGUCCUCAUGGAUGCUAAUUUUUUCCAGAGUCUAAGAUGACCCGCUCUGCACUGAUAUGAAUGUAUUUCUACAGUGUAACAUCAGAUAUUGAUGUUACUACUUCAAUUAUAAUUAAAUGGAUUGCCUGUAUAGGAGCUUUUUCGUCUACUUGUUUCUUAUUUAGUGAGAUGAAGCAAUAGAGGAAAAGAUGAUGGAGCAUAAACAGAGCCCCGUCUCUUUCGAUCAAAGCAACCUCAUGGAUAAUCUUCCGAGUAUUGGCGAUGACAAUGAAGUUACAUUAGAAACAAGAAACUUUUCUCCUGCACACUUGUUGUUCAAAAUUGAGUCAUUCUCCUUGCUCUCAGAGAAUGGUAUAGACAAGAUUGAAUCAAGUGAAUUUGAAUCAAACGAUAACUACAAAUGGAAGUUGAUAAUAUAUCCUAAUGGGCGAAACACAGUGGAUGGAGCCAAUCAUGUUUCUGCUUACUUGGCUGUAGAAAAUGUAAGUAAUCUGGAAGCUGGCUGGGAAUUUAAUGCCGUCGUCAGCAUCUUUCUGUUUAAUCACAAACUUGACAAAUAUGUGUUUAAGAAAGGUCAACGACGUUUUCAUAUUAUAAACCUUGAGUGGGGCUUUUCCAAAUUCAUCAAGAAGGAAACUUUGAUGGAUCCCAGGAAUGGAUACCUUGUCAAUGAUACUUGUGUAUUUGGAGCGGAGGUUUUUGUUGUCAAGAACAAAAGAAUUAGAGAGUGCUUGUCUAUCUUGAAAGCAACUAAUUCCUAUAAGCAUGAAUUGGAGGUUUCAAAAUUCUCGGAAUUGGAAAAUGAAUGGUAUUCUGAAGAGUUCAAUGCUGGGGAUCAUAAAUGGAAGGUUAGUGUGUAUCCGAAAGCAAAAGGUAAUGGAGCUCAACCGGGAAUUCAAGCUUCCAUUUUCUUGCAUAAAGUUGGAUUUUCUUCAGGUAAAAAAAUUAAGGCACAUUUCUCCAUAUGCAUGAAGAACAAGUAUGGAAAAGCAAGUAGCAAGCGUCUCGCAAAUCACUGGUUUUCGGCUUCAAGCAGCAGUUAUGGAUGGCCUAGUUGCAUUCUAGUCGCUGAUAUAAAUAACCCUUAUAAAGGAUUUUCAGUUGAAGAUCACUGCAUUAUUGAAGUUGAAAUAUCUAUUCAAGCCGUCUUGCGUGGUUUACCGUAAGAUUCAAUUUUCUGUAGUAAAAUUGGAUUUAAAGGGUCCUUGCUUACUAGAUUCAUGUUAACAGAAACAUCCAUACUUAAACUAUUGCUUAUUUUAUUUUGACUAAAUUGCACUCACUGUCCCCAAUGUUUGCCUCUUGUAGCACGUUUGGUAUCUCCUUUUUACGUCGCAGUUUAAGCUCAACUUUUUGUUGAUUAUCAAUUUUUGUUCUCAACGAUCCGGGUCAUGUCCUCCU